GGGGGAGAAGGGAGAGAGGGAAGGCUUCUCCUUUUUCCCUCACUUUUUUGAAGCACAAAAGCUCUUCUCCUUUUCUGACCUCUCACGUGUAAUCUUUUCAACCCCCCUCCAUUUCAUCAGCUUCCCCCCAGCCCUCUCUCCCUCCUCUGAAAGAAAAGUGGGGUUUUGGUGUCAAAUGUUUUGUAGUGUUAUGUGAUCUAUGGGAGCUCUCUUGAGCUUUAGUUUUGGAGGCCAAGAGAAGAAUUGUUAGAAAAAGAAAAAUGAAGCUGAGGUGAGAAGGGGUGGAGACAGCACUAACAAACACACAGAAACAUCCCAACACUGGCUGGAAGUAGAGCGCCAUGACACUAGAAGCACUGGCUUCUAACGAGCUCCCCACGUUUCUCAUCUAUGACACCAUCUCUGCCACCCCACUCCACCACCAUGAGGCCUCCUCAAGCUCGACCCUCCUCUUCGACAAUGCCGGCGGUGGCGAUGGACUGAACUCGUUGGGCUUCGCUCACUCGGCGCCGGCGAUGUUAGGGGGCUUAGCGGUGGCCCCGGAUUCGAGGCCUAGCUCGACGGCAGGGCAGGGGAGGAGGAAGCGGCGGAGGCGGCCGAGGAGCUGCAAGAAUAAGGAGGAGGCGGAGAGCCAGCGGAUGACCCACAUUGCCGUCGAGCGCAACCGCCGUCGCCAGAUGAACGAGCACCUCAGCGUCCUGCGGUCCCUGAUGCCGGAGUCCUACAUCCAAAGGGAAUUGGGAAGUCACUUGUUGCAAACGUCCUCCUUAAUUAAUUUGGAGGGUGACCAAGCCUCGAUCGUAGGCGGAGCCAUUGAUUUUGUGAAGGAGCUUGAGCAACUCCUCCAGUCUCUUGAAGCCCAGAAGAGGACACUCCAGCAGCAGAAGGGCAAGGCUGAGAAAAAAACGCCGAGAAUUGAGCCAGGGAGCAGCUGCAGCAACGCUGAUGACGCCGAUUCCCCUCCCUUCGCUCAGUUCUUUGCCUACCCUCAGUACAUUUGGUGCCAUGCACCCCGGGACUACCCCCCACCGGAGAACCGGUCGCCGGUGGCCGACAUCGAGGUCACCUUGAUCGAAACGCAUGCAAAUCUUCGAAUUCUCUCGCCGAGGAGGCCCGGACAGCUCCUCAAGAUGGUGGCCGGGCUUCAGAGCCUCAGGCUCACCAUUCUGCACCUCAACGUCACCACCCUGGACUCCAUGGUGCUCUACUCUCUUAGCACCAAGGUUGAGGAGGGAUGCAAUCUUACUACAGUCGAUGAUAUUGCCGCCGCAAUUCACCACAUGCUCUCCAUGUUUGAAGCAGAGGUGACUGCUCUAAGCCAAUAAAAGGGUGCAAAGAGCCUUUGACCACCCUGAGGAUUGAGAAUUCUACAGGAAUGCAAUGGACUCUCCUAGCUCCCGGCGAACUUGCAGUUAUGUCCACUAUUAUCCUCUGACCCUGAUGGUCUCCUUUUUCCUGUAAAGCUGGGUGGAUGUCUACUUUGGGUCCACCACUAUGGAUGGCCCAGGAUCAUGGAACCCCACCACCACUCUAGUGUUAUUUAAUGCCAUCGAUAGUGUUAUCUAUUGGCUCUAAGCCAAUGAGUACAUCUUCUUGGAAUUAGACCAGAGGUUUCGUUUUAGGAUUUG